AUGUUCCACCUUGACCGUGAGCACCUCCGCACCUGCCUUCUCUAUGAGUUCCGUCUGGGAGAGAAGGCAGCCGACGCCCAUCGCCGUCUGUGUCAGGCGUGUGGGGAAGGAGUCAUCAGUGAGAAGACGUGCUUCAAUCGGUUCGCUCGCUUCAAGUCCCCAAACUAUAGUGUCGAAGACGAGCCGAGGUCGGGACGCCCGUCCGAGUUGGAUGAUGCGCUACUACAACUUGUGGAAGCCGAUCCCCGCAUGACCACUCGCGACUUGGCCGCCGCCCUCGGGUGUUCCCACUCCACCAUAGGAACACCUCCUGUCCACAAUCGAGAAGGUCUCGAAGCUUGGGAGCUGGAUACGUGGGUGAUUAAGAAGGUGAAGGAGCUGGAAAAACGACUGGAUAGCAUGUCGAAGAAAUUGGCUACGGAGAAAGGGUUGAAAACGAAAGAUGAAGCAAAAAGGAAAGUACUUGAGAAGGAACUGGAAAAAGAAAAAUCCGUGCGUGAGGAAAUAGAGCGAAUGAAACAAAAGAUGGAGACAGAGCUCGACGAAACCAAAGCUCAGGUAGGAGAGAUGGAACGGAAGCUGCAGGAGCAACAGAAUCAAGAUAAGGAGUCCCGCAUAAAGGAGCAGUUGCCAGUCACUGAGGCAUCCAUCAUUGCCGACAUCAAAGAUCGCUCACAAGAGAGCGAGCCCGGGGAUGAGAGUGAUGGAGAGCAGGAGGCAACGUACAAUGCUCUGCCGCCGUCUUUGAGCGAUGCCAAUUAUGCACUGGCGAUUGAAAACUUUGAUCCUGAAGAAUUUGUUGAAAGACACGAAUGGCGGUUCACAGAAGGUGACAGAGUCAACUUCAAUGCCAAGGACCUACAUAAUGGGUUCUUGAAAACCAUUCAGGAUCUUCAAGCCCUCCAGACCCAGAUUGAGCGGAAAUGUGGAACCUUAGAGAGUUCUCUGCGGGAAACAGAGCAGGCGCAUUGGGAGAGAAUUGUCAACCUUGAGGCUAAGCACAGGGCAGCUGUACAAGCAUACAAGGCAUUGGAGGUGAGGAUCACUGCAGUGGCCCACCAAGUUGUGAGGCUGGGGGACCAAUUGGAAGGAGUUCACAUUCCAAGAGCUAGGGUUCUGGAAGCUAAAAACCUUAUGGUUCACUUUGCACGCUUUCACAGGGAUGGCACUCUCCCAUCUGAUCUCUUUGAUGACCCUGAACAAGUGAGGCUACUGUUCAAAGUCACACAAGACAGGAUAGUGAGUGAAUAUGACAAAAUGGAAAAGCAUUUAUUAGAAGAAUUUGGAGCUGCAUAUCGCUCGGAUGACAGUGGACGCAUGCGGCAGCUAGCCAUGAUACUCCGCCCAUUCAAAGGUUAUUCACAAUGUGUACAUGGUUUCCUUGAAAAUUGUCAAGCUGGUGCCUUUCCACGAGGUGAUAUUUUCCAUCAAAUCCCAACCUUGUACAAACGGACAGUGGCAUUGGUCAAUGAUGUGUUUGCCAAUCCUGAACAAGUCAACCAAAAGCUGUUGUACAGCCUAUAUACAGGAAAACUACAGGAUGAGAUUCAGUAUGUUUUGGGUGAUCGUAGUGACCCUGGAAAAUACUUGGAAAACUUGAGCAAAUUGUAUUCAAAAACCAAUACCAUGUCCAAGGAGAUUUGUGAUGCCCAUCCCUUAGUGGACAGGAACAUCAUCAAGCGGGUUGUGAAGAAUAUAUUUCAGAAACAACUGGAGAAUUAUCGGAAAGUUGAGGCACGCUACCUGAAGGAUGUGUGUGGGGAUAUCCUUGCCAAGUACUAUACCUCUCUCCACCAUGUGAAGAAGCCCACCCAGGGGAAGGGAAUAGGAGAGUUCAUCACGCAGAUAACUCAAAGUGGACAAGGAGAAGGAGAUGAGACCUUUCUAUCUGAAUUGAUUGCUCUGAACAUCCUUGAGGAGACAAAGAAUGCCCUCAAACGAUGCCAACUGCUAUCCAAGGAAACUGAAUUGGCUGGAAAUGCAGCUCACAUCUAUGAAAUCCUAGUGCACUGUCUUCUGACUGAGCAUGUUGCAUAUGCACUUGACCUUGCACUUGCUGCCAUACCUGGUCCUGAACCAAAGAGUCCUCCUGCCGGGAAUUUCUUUGAAGUGAUACGACAGAUCAACACCAUUGUCAGCUAUCAUGAGAAGCUCUUUGUGGAGAAUCUCGUCCCGUUGCUUGCGUCAAGUCCAGAGUAUGCUGAUUGCCUUCAUAGGAAACGGGUGAUACUGAAUGAAUGUGAGAAGAAAAUUCACACUGGUAUCAACAAGUACCUGAAUGCCAUAUGUGGUUGGGUGAAGCACAUCCUGCAGUCUGAGCAGAAAAAGACAGACUUCAAGCCAGAAGGGGAAGCCAUUGCUACCUCUUCUAAAGCUUGCACAAAAGUUGUACGCUAUUUGGAAGAAGUCUCAGGGAGGAUCCGUCGAACUCUGGACGGAAAGAAUAUUGAAACAGCCCUGCAGGAACUAGGGGUGCGAUUCCACCGAGUGGUCUAUGAUCAUCUCCUUACAUUUCAAUACAGCUCUAUUGGUGCCAUGUGUGUGAUCUGUGAUGUGAAUGAAUACAGCCGGUGUGCCCAGGGAUUCCAGGUCCCUUUAGUGAACAAACUCUUCGAAUUGCUGCAUGCCCUUUGUAAUCUCCUUAUUGUUCCUCCUGAAAACCUUCAGCAAGUUUGUGCUGGAGAACAGCUGGCUGCACUGGAUCGUUCCACUCUGAUGAGUUUCAUUCAGCUUCGCAUAGAUGCAAAAACUCUAAAGACCCACAUCUGAAAGCAGGGAUGGAAUAGGCUAUCUUUUUUCAUUUUCUUAGCUAUACUGGUCUAUGAGAAUGAUUCCUAUGAUUCAUUUGGAUGGUUACUCCUGCCUUGAUCUAUGCCUACACAGAGAGUAAAUGUAUUCCACUUCUCAGAAAUGAUAACUUCUUGUUCAGACAUGCUAAUUGUGCCUUUUUAUUUUCAAGUUCCAUCUAUUUCAUAUCUGAUGCUAAAUUUACUUGAAGUCGCUGCAAAUUCUGGACAAUAUGGUUUUUAGGUGAUCUUCUAUCUUCUAUCAGUCAUGCAAAUGCAACCAGAAUCAAAACUUAUGGUGAUGUUGUUUCCUUAGUCCUUGGGAAUUUCCAAAACUGCAUCAAUGCAACAAAAGCAGCCAGAUAUGUACUGCAGCACAGUACUUGAGGCAAUGGUAUUAACUAAAAUACAUCAGGCUGAUAUACAAUCUAACCUUGUUAAGAGAAAUUUGAGAACUAUGUAUUCAGUUCAUAUUAAAUGUAAUAUUUGUUGAAAGUGAAGCAACAAUGACCAGUUUCAUAGGGGACACAUGAAGCAGUUCAUUUUAUCAAUGUUGUACUUUCAACACAAACUAUCCUUCAUUUGAAAACAUGAACUGGAUGAAUAUUUCCCUCCAAAUUUCUGAUAAGAAGGUUUGAUUGUAGUGUUCAUUCUGAAUUUACUUAUAAUGAGGUAAAAACUCUCACAGCAAGAUGAGAUGAUGAUGAACCUAGUCUCCAUGAGAUUUCUUGCAGAAAGCAUUCUGUUGACGUUGACAUCUGGGUUGAUCUAGUUUGUUGACACAAAGAGAAAGCAAUAAAUGA